AUGGUUCUGGAACUAUACAUGGACCUGCUCUCAGCGCCCUGCCGGGCCGUCUACAUCUUUGCCCGGAAGAACGGCAUCCCCUUCGAAUUCCAGUUUGUGGAUCUCCUGAAAGGUCACCACCACAGCAAGGAGUAUAUCGAGAUCAACCCCCUGAGAAAGCUGCCAAGCCUCAGAGAUGGGAAAUUCGUUUUAUCGGAAAGUGUGGCCAUCCUGCUGUACCUGGCCCGGAAGUACAAGGUCCCAGACCACUGGUACCCCCAGGACCUGCAGGCCUGUGCCCGUGUGGAUGAGUACCUGGCGUGGCAGCACACCACCCUGCGGAAAAGCUGCCUGCGAGCCCUGUGGCAUAAGGUGAUGCUUCCUAGCUUCCUGAGUGAGCCAGUGGCCCCCGAGACACUGACCGCCACGCUGGCAGAAUUGGAGAGGAACCUGAAGCUGCUGCAGGACAAGUUCCUGCAGGACAAGGCCUUCCUGGCUGGGCCCCACAUCUCCGUGGCCGAUCUGGUGGCAGUCACCGAGCUGAUGCAUCCCGUGAGUGCCGGCUGCCAGGUCUUUGAAGGCCGGCCCAAGCUGGCCGCGUGGCGCCAGCGUGUGGAGGCGGCAGUGGGGCAGGACCUCUUCCAGGAAGCCCAUGAGUUCAUCCUGCAGAUCAAGGAUAUAUCCCCAGCAGACUCCAGCACAAAGCGCGCCCUGAUGCCUGGGGUCCGAGCCAUGCUCCAGUGACUUCGCUUUGCCCUCGACAGCCAGGGCUCGCCCCUGCCCUCCCACCACUGCCCGAAAGAUGCCCAGGAAACGCAUACCCCAGACCAGUCUCCCUUUGCUCUUUCAAUCCUGCUGUCAGAUUUCAGUUUGCUUCGUAAAUUGGGCUUGGCUUGUGUGUCUCCUU